AUGAGCAACGACGUAGACUUCAUUGACCUGUCAUCGCACGUGGGUGCUAAUUCUGUCAUCGUCCCUAUGUCCAAGGGACGCAUUGCUGCAUGGACAUAUAAGCUGGCCAUUCUGGCUAGCACCGUCGUGGUAUUUGUCCUCACCAUCGGUCCUUGGCCCAGCAUGUUGGCACCUGUGUCUUCGAUUAGCCUCUUUGCUGUGCUAUCUCCGGUUGCAGCUCAGGCUGCUGUGGAUCUGGACUGGCAUGCCCCGGCGGAAACGGAUAUCAACAACAUUACGCAAGUGCUCAGCACGUCAGGGGUAUAUGGGUUCAUCUUCAACAGCUCGGACACGGGAAAGAAUCCCUAUGGCACAUACAAUUGGUGCAACAUGCCACAUGCGCGAAAAACGGAAUAUCCAAUCCCUAGCAGUAGCGAGCUCACAUUGAAAUACGUUGAGGUGAUUCAGAGGCAUCACAAACGCACACCUUAUGCAAGUAACGCAUUCCCUGUCGAGCCAUACCGUUGGGAUUGUGAUGAUCAGGGCUUGUUCUACUACGGCCAGCAUCUACCGACGGACAGUGGGAGAGGCAGCUCGGCCUACACAUACUGGGAUGUGUUCAACUCCUCCGUCAACCCAUUCACACCGUCUGGGUGGAUAGGUUCGUGCCAAUUUCCCCAGAUCACAUCUGGCGGUCUCGAUGAUUCCUGGGUUCACGGGGCCGACCUGUACGGAGUGUACCAUGACCUUCUCGCUUUUCUCCCCGACAAAGCCUCGGAUUGGCAAAGUAAGGUCAAGUUCCGCGUGACGAACAAUCAGAUCACUUCCCAGGUCGCCGGUAUGCUGAUAGCAGGCAUGUGGGGAUCGGCGUCGCAGAAUGUACCUCUUCUCGUACAGGCAAGCACAAUUGACUCUCUCGAGCCUACGUAUACGUGCACAGCGGGCAGCGAUCUGUUUAACAGCAUAAAAUCAUCGGACAACCCAGCCUGGGCCAACCACCUUGCCCAGGCCGCCGAUCUGUACGAGGCUCUCGACGCUGUGUCUGGAGUGCCCGCAUCGGACUCGGGCUUUCAUUCAUGGUUUGACCAUUAUUACGACAACCUAUCUGCGAGACAAUGCCACAGCAAACCUUUGCCCUGCAACGCAACAACUGGGGAGUGCAUCACACAGGAACAGGCCAAUUCUGUCUACAGGCUAGGUCUCUGGGAGUAUAGUCAGAUCUAUCGCGAUGCCGAAGACUCUCUAGCCGUCAGUGUCAGCACGUAUGGAGUCUGGAUCGCCGAAUUGGCGGCCCAUUUGCGGGCCGCCGUCAGCGGAAUGAGCGCGAUCGACUAUUGGCAUAACGUUGCGCAUGAUGGCAGCUUGAGCCGAUUGCUAAGCAUCUUGCAGAUUGAUGAGAUGGUUUGGCCGGGAAUGGGCAGUGAAGUCAUUUUUGAAUUAUGGGAAGGGAAAACAAAUUCUACCAAUUUGUACACAGAAAAUGACCAUAAAAGAAGCAGCAGAAGCAAUACAGGGCACUACAUACGUGUCUUGUUUGGUGGACAAGUCAUGAGGUCAAGCAAUCCAAGCCUUGGACUUUUGGACAUGUUGCCCGUAGACACGUUGCUCUCCUAUUUCGAUGGUUUGGUGGGCGAGAAUGCCAACCUGAUCAAGGGCAAGUGCGAGAAUAGCGAUUAA